AUGCCGGCCCCGCCCCCGGCCCCGGCCCCGGCCCCGCCCCCCUCCGGCCGCGCCCUUCCGGUCCCGCCCCCGCGGCGCGCGCGGCGGCCGGAAGGCGGUGGGAGCCCGGCGGCGCCCGCUCGGCGCGACCUCGGGGCGCCCCCGGAGGUGAACGUCGCGGCGCCGGGGUGCGGCUCCCUCGGGGUCACCGCCUGGGGACGCCUCCCCUGCCGCCCGCACGUGACUCCUGGCGUCGCGGCCUACUCGGGUCGAAGUCCCAAGUCGCCCCUCGGGCCGCAGUCGGAGCGGAUGCCUCAAAUCGGAUUCAAAUCCGGCAGCAGCGCGCUUCGCGUGCGACACCCCAGAGCCCCGGGAGUGAAGCUCCUGCGAGUGGAGACGACGGCGUGCGGCACGUUAGGAGGCCGAAGGGCGUCGUGCACGUUCGAGCAGAGCGACCACAGCGAUGGAUGGCGCCUAACGGUUUUUAGACACACAGGACCUAAAAGUCGAGGGCCGAGCUUAAUGUCUAGAAAAAAAAAAAAAAAAGUGAUGGAAAACCCAGAUUUCUCUGACGGGCCUUUGCAACGCGCGCAGACACGGACUCCGCCCCACGCCCUGGCCGGUGUCCGGGCCCGGCCGCAGGGCCCUUCUGAGGCGUGGUUGGCGAUGUGCCAAACGGCGGCCUCCGCGGGGAGGCCCCGACACGUGCCUGCAGAGCCGAGAGCGGGGCCGCGCCGUGAAGGGAAGUCUGCAGGCAGCCGGGAGCCCCGAGGAAGCACUUACCUGACGCCUAAACAGUAUGGAGGACAGCAAGGAACAGCACAAGAUAUCCUGUGCAUAAGAGAUGGCAAACCCAACUUUGACUAAUGGCAUUGAAAACAACCCAGAAGGGCAGGCAGAGAGAUAUUCCAGGAGGCGGCGGUGAACCCAGAUUCCCAUUUAUCAGAAGCAAACCUGGAAGGUUACAUACAUAAGAAGCUGUUGAAGGUUCAAGGCUUCAGACACAAUCACUAAUAAAACCACCAUGCAUCAUGAAUAUCAGUUCGCUAUGUAGUGUGUAUGUGUAAAUGACUCAAAUAUCCACCUCUA